UGAAACUUAUUAUUAAUUAUGAGAACAAAUUAAAUUACAUAAUAUAUCAAACGUGGGGAUAGCUCACGUGGAGAGCGCGUGUUCGAAUAUAAUAGGCAAAGCAAAGUAGCGACUCUCUCUUCGUUCUUCUCCGAUGGAUAUUAUGGCGGAGAAGUCCCAAAAUGUGUCAAUUCUCGAGCAAUUGCAACUAGGAAUUGCUCGGUUUGAGCUCUCAUCUUCUCCUGUAAGUUCAAUUUCACCUUCGAACUCAGUUGCUUCUUCUUUCCCUUUGUCUAUGAAUCCCAGUUAUCCACUCUUUGCUAAAAUUGGACCCGUGCUGGGGAUUGAAUCGCCUGCAUUGAGGAAAGCUGAGCAAUACAAAGUUCAAAAAGUUACUGGAGAUGGACGCUGCCUUUUCCGUGCGCUUGCUAAAGGAAUGGCUUUCAACAGGGGGAUUCCUCUUCGUCCAUUUGAGGAGAAAAAUGAUGCAGAUGAUUUACGCAUGGCCGUGAAAGAAGUCAUUUGUGACAAUGGCAAAGAAAAACGGCAGUAUGAAGCAGCCCUCAUAGCAAUUACUGUAGAGGAGCCAUUAGAACGCUAUUGCCAACGAAUUCGGACACCUGAUUUCUGGGGAGGAGAGUCGGAGCUAUUGGUAUUGUCAAAGCUCUGCAAGCAACCUAUCAUUGUCUACAUACCAGAGCAUGAGAAUGGGUUGUCGGGGCUCUAGCUUUAUUCCUAUUGCAGAAUAUGGAGCUGAGUUCAAGGGAGGAAAGCCCAAGAAACCUGUGAGGUUGCUUUACAGCGGUAGAAACCACUACGAUCUACUUGUUUGAGAAUCUAUUUGAAGGCCAUCUCAUUCCCACCUUGUUUUUUUCGAGUAAAAAUGGGUUGAUAGAUUUGAAUCAGGAACCACUUGUUUUUCACACCCUUGUUACUGAUGCUAUCUAAACAUAACAAAAGAAAUUGAGGCAUGGUUGACAGGGUACAAUUAGCCUUUCAACAAUGGUAGGAUAACCUCAACAACACAACAACCGAAGCUCUCUUGUGGGCAAUCACUUUUUGUAAAAGCUGUUGCAUUUAGUUUUAAAAAGUGUUGUAUUUCGUGAGGAUUAAUGGGGAGAGUAAUGCACUUUACAUAUAAAUAAUUGGACAAAGGACACUUUUAAAAUGAUUAGGUGAAUAAGAGUACUAUUUUUAUUUA